AUGGAUGCGCUGUCGUCCAUGGACGGCAAGUCCAUUGAGGCCCGGAUCGCUGCAAAGGAAGGAUUGCAAGAGAACCAUCUGGCCGCAGGGGCAGACAAUCACUGUCAGCUGGGCUGGACCGAAGCCUACGACAAGGCUGCAUUUGCAAGGCCAGCGCAGAGAGAGUCGCAAGUUCUCACCUCCACCAAGUUCGAGCGUGAGGAUAUGCAGGCCGCCAGGGCCAGCUAUCGCGUUGCCAUCCAGAGCCCCACCCGGGAGCGGCGGAGCUCGACGCAAGAGAAGCGCCGCAGUUGCGAUAAUGUCCAGCCGGAGGGCCCUAAGAUGGGGCCGCCGGAGUACUCCCCGCCCUCCACCCCGCCGCUGCCGCGCUGGGCACUUGAUGUCGCAGAGCCGACCAGCGCCAGGUCCACCAGCUGCAGAAGGGCUUUCGUGGCAUCCAAGAAGCCGCUGAAGCCGCUGAAGCCGCGGACGCCCCGCCAUCUUAGUUUCACGAAGCCGAUACAAGUGAGGAGGGUGGUGGCUCCACAGCCACAGCCUUUGGGAUGCGCUGCUCUGCAGACGCUGGAUCCUUGCCGCCCAGGCUUUCAGGUGCCCAGUGCAGAGCACCGGCGCUCCGCCAUGGGGGGCGCCAGCGGGGCCCCCUUCCUUAUGCAGCGUGUGCUGCGGUUUGCAGAGGCCUGGUUCGAGCCGGUGGCGGAGCCCCGGCUUCACGACUGGCUGGGCAAGAAUCGCGAGCUUGGGCAGAACUUCGAGGCGUUUCGAAGCGCAUGGGAGGAGCAGCGGGAGUUCAUCGGGCCCAGCGAGAAGCGCCGGGUGCUGCACCUCAUGGCGCUGGGGGAGGAGCCUGCCCCCAAGGUGAUGCAGGCGCUGAAGGAAGCUUGCGCCGCCUUCUUCUCGCCUCUCAGAGUAGCUGUGAUCCGCAGCCGCCCUGAGAAGGCGCCGACCCCAACGGUGGGCGAGGGAGCGUCGCCCCGACCGAUGGUGAGUGAAGAUUUGCUACCGUGGCUGGCUUCAGGCCUUCGCUCAGACAGCGUGCUGACGGCGGCGCUGACGCUGUCGCCACUCAGCAGUUGCGGUCGAGGGGUGCCCGGCGCCAGCGACUGGUCACAGCGGGUGGGGGUCUUCAGCCUUGCCUCUGUGGUGAAGAGCGAGGAGGAGGUCAGCUCGCAGACCAUGGAGAGGGCCGUGAAGUUCCUGCUGCACCAGGUCACCCACAUGCUGGGAAUUCUGCACUGCUGCUACUUCCGCUGCCUCAUGAAUGGUGCGGCGCACCAGGAGGAGGCAGACGGCAGGCCGCCCUACCUUUGCGCGAUGUGCCUGAAGAAGCUCCAUGUUGUGACGGGCAUGGACCCGCUGCUGCGCUACAUGCACCUGUCACGGUUCUGGGCUUGGGCUGGCAAUCCGCAGAUCGCCCUCUGGUACGAGACGCGGGUACGAGUUGUUCGCAGUACCUUCGCCACCUCCCAGGUGUCACUGCCGCCAACCCCACGGCUGCAGAGACCCAGGAGCAAGGCGUCUCAGAGGGGAGCCGAGAGCCGUGCGGAGUCUAGAGAUGAGGCCCGUUCGGACUCCGCCAAAGCCUGGUGGCGCGCCAAGACGAGCCCGGUGGAGAGGCCGGCGCAGGACCCCACAGAGGAGGCGCCGAAAGAAGUGGAUGUGCGAUGA